AUGCCGAAAAUCCAUAUCGUACUUAUAGCCGUGCUCAGUAAUGUGCAGAGUGAAGUAUAUAACAUUGGUUUUGCUAUUGAAAUCACACAAAGACUUAGAGAAAGAAUCGUUCCUGAUACACCUGAAGAUUAUGAAAAAAUUUAUAUUGAUUGUUGGGAUAAUGAGCCGGACAAUCGUCCAGCCAUGAUCAAAGUGGUUUAUGAAUUAUAUGCAAUUAUUACAAAAACAAAUAUAAAUUAUCAUAAUCAAAUGAAUAAUGAAGAAUCAAAAUUUCAAUUAUCUGUGCAACAACUUCACUUGAAUGCUGCUAACCCUUUUUCCGGAAUUAGCAAAUCCUCAAAUGAAUUAACUGAUAAUAAUGAUAAUAAUGGUGAUAAAAUUUAUGGUAUUAUUCCUUAUAUGGCUCCAGAGGUUUUUCAUGGACAAGAUUAUACUACAGCCUCAGAUAUCUAUAGUCUUGGUAUGAUUAUGUGGGAGUUAAUGACUGGUAGAAGGCCUUUUUGGGAUCAUGAUCAUGAUACACAUCUUAUUAUUAGAAUAUGUGAUAAUAUACGACCUCCAAUUGUUACAAAUGCACCUGAAGGUUAUAUUGAAUUAAUGGAAAAAUGUUGGCAUUCUGAUCCAAAUAAAAGGCCAACCGCUAAUUAUUUAAAAGAAGUAGUUGAUAAUUAUUUAACAAAAGAAUUGGAAAUAGAUAUUAAUGCGAAUACUGUGAAUAUUAAUGAAUCUAAUGAAGAAUAUUUAUCCAGAGAAAUUGAUAUUGAUAUUAAUUUAAAUGUAAAAGAAAUUUAG